UUUUCAGAAGGCACUCCUUCAGAGAAGUUUUCAAAGUACAUAAUAUACAUAAAAUGUGGAGCAGAAAUGCUUCCCGGUAAUGUGGAAUUAUGUCAGACAUGCUAUGAUUGGAUUGAUACUAUCUACUUGGCUGUUUUGCAGAGAAACGGCCAACUGAUGCUGUCCUUCGGCAAGUCCGUUUGUAUUCCUUUCGUUCUAUUUCCUAACAUCUUUCGAUAUGGCAAUAUUCAGAUACGCAGGACGACUUCAAAGAGGACCACCUGGAACUCGACCAUUGCUUCUUGUAGAUGACGUCAUGUUUGGAAGUAGCCCACCACUUUGUUUAGGCGACCAAAGGUAUUGAAUGUAGCUACUACCACUGAUAUUAACCAUGUGCUAAUUUACUAGAUUAUGUAUGCUACCAUCAACAAAACUAGAUCAACAUUGUCGACAAUGUCAUUGGCAGACGAUGUCGAAUGGCCAUGGUCGCCGGUGGAGACAAAGGCGCUGAUCUCUGUAUGGUCAGACGAACAGAAUAUUCUGAAAAUGGAGCAAACGUGUAGAAACAAACAUGUUUACAGGGAAAUUUCGGAGCGGCUAAAUGACCUUGGCGUCAAACGGACGUGGAAGCAGUGUCAAAAUAAGAUGAAGGCCUUGAAGUGGAGAUACAGACAAACACGCAGAGACCCAAGCAGUAGUGACCUAACAACCUUUCCAUUAUUUUCCGAACUGGACGAAUUUCUCGCCGCCAUGCCUGAUCUGACUGAGUCCAAGGAAACUGGCGACGAGGAAGAUGGUCGUCCUCUUCCUCUGUCGUCUCUGCGUCUUCUGGUUCCUCCAUUGCGGCUGGUGUCCGCAGCUCUAUGGCAAGUUGUUCAGCGCAGAGACACAAUGGACUACGGGUUGGUGGAGGAGUUUGUGACCACUGUGUUGGAAAUAACCCCUGAUCUGAUGAGUUACAGAGAGAAAGCCCAGCUCGUCAUGGGCCUGCAAGCACAGCUGGUUCUGGAGUUGUGUCGCUCUGAUCAUUCAGCCGACCCGGAGACCAUCCAGCCACACCUGAGCAGGAUGAGGACCUGCAUCAUCACUCAUAGAGAAAAGGAGAUAGAUACAGAGGUGGAGGCAUCAGAGUCAAACUUCUUGGAACUUGUCCAAACUCUUCUAGAUGACCCACUUGAGAGGGAACACUUCUUCCAGGAAGUUUUUCCAGAGGAAUUUGGCCCCAUGUAUGACACGGCACUGCAGACUCUGAUGUGGGAGUUCCUCUCCAGGCUGGAGAAACUGCUCCCAACACCAACAUUUCAACAGACUGCAUCCUGGCUCAGACCUGCCCCCUCUAUGCUGAAGGAGUGUGCACAGUCUGUGACUCAACCUCAGCCUUUGAAGACUCUCCUCCAACACCACAGAUGCCAUGGCCAUUUGUUCGCUAAUGCUCAUUCAUCUUGUGCUGAUGAUUUCAUCCUCUCUUCACUGUCUCACAAGUUCUCGGAGAGGGUGGAAAUGGACAUCGAUGAAGCACGCUCACAUAGCCAGUCUGUAGCCACAUGUGCACCCAGAAAAGAAAGGGACACUUUGAUAGAGCAAGAUCAUGCAGAGAAGGAGCUGGGGAAGAGUUUGGACACGGUUAAGAAGGCAGUGGAAAUGACGGAUAGAAGGAACGAAGAAUGGGGAGAGGAGAACUAUGAGGAGAGACUGCAGUAUCAGUUGGCUUAUAAUGUUUUACAGGUCGAGGUUGUCGAUGGAGAAGACAUGUCCUCAACGUCAUCGACGACAGCCGACAAUGUCGGACAGACCUGGACCCCAAAGGAAACGGAAGCGCUGAUCUCUGUAUGGUCAAAGAAACCGAUUCUUCAGGAGAUGGAACGGAGUUACAGAGAAAAACAUGUGUACGGUGACAUUUCAGAGCAGAUGAAGGAGCUUGGCGUCAAAAGGACGUGGAAGCAGUGUCAAACAAAGAUAAAGGACAUGAAGCACCGCUACAGACGAGCACUGAGGAACCCAAGCAGUAGUGGCCGAGCGACCUGUCCGUUCUUUUCUGAACUGCACACCUUUCUCGCCGCCACGCCUGAUGCAACUGAUACCCAGAUGCCUGAGUCGAAGGAAGCGGUCAAGGUUUCGGAUCCAGAAGUCAUGUUCUGCGAUCAGGAUGAAGGGCCUUCUGUGGAUGUCAAGUUAGAGAAUCUACACGAGGAAAUGGCUUCCGGAAAGGAGACACACAAGACACUCACCGGAGUGAGAGCAGACGCGAGGAAAGGGGGCGAGGCUUUUCACAGCCCUCAGAGUGACAGCAGGGUGAAAAUCGGAGGAAUAUCCCACCGUUGCGAUCAGAUGGUCGAAGACACGUCAGACUUGGACCUUCAGCCCGUAGUGAUGUUGACGCAACUUGAUGAGACCCUUCUGAUGACCGGUGGUGAUCCUCGUCCUGCUUCCCAUACCACGGGGCAGUCUUCGAAAAGAAGCAAGCGCGUCAAAAUAUGCUCCUUUUGUGGGAAGAGUUUUGUUGAAGCAAAGGAUUUGACAACACACAUGAGAUCUCACACUGAGCAGAGCCCUCACCAGUGUGGUGAAGGCUUUGACCAUCUGGACGACUUACAAAAACAUUGGCAGAAUGAUUGUGAGGAGAUGAUGAAACAGGAGGUCAAUGAACAUCAGCAUGGAAAGGACAGGAUCUCGGGAGAGUCCAGUAAUGCAAGUACUGAUCCAAAAACAUGCCAUCUAUGUCAUGAGACCUUUGAAUUUCAGUGUGUGUUGAAAAACCGUCUUAUUGUGUUUCACAAAGGCAAAAGCCUUUAUAAGUGUCCUGUGUGUAUGAAGGGUUUUGGGUACCUCCGUGAUUUGGAGAAAGACCAGAGUAAAAAAAGAGGUCGUCCUACAAGUGAUGCCGUCAAAAAAAGGAAGGAGUUGGGGUCAAAUGGAAAUGUUGCCGGACUGAACUCGACCCCCAACAAGUGCCCUGACGUCUUCAAGUGCUCCUUUUGUGAAGAGAUCUUUUCUCGGUGCAUGGACCUGAAGAGCCACUACAGUCGUACUCAUCAAUUUACUGGGCCGUUCCCCUGCCCUUCUUGUCAGACGACUUUUGUUUCGUUAACUGAGCUGCGCUUACAUCAGAGAAAUGAGUCCACUCCUUACCAGUGCUCUUUGUGCCAGCGCUCAUUCUUAUCACUCGACAAGCUGACUGUUCAUGAGAGAAUUCACACAGGGGAAAAACCGUACCUCUGUGCUGAGUGUGGAAAAAGUUUCCGGGAUGCAAAAACCCUGGAAGAACACUCUAAGAUUCAUGUUGAGGGAGAACUCCACACCUGCUCCCAUUGUGGGAAAAGUUUCAAGCGAAAAGAACUAUUGAAACAACACAUGUUAAAUCACAGAGAUGCCGCUUUCAUCUGCCCAGACUGUGGGAAGAAGUUUUUUCGGUUGGUAUGGUUAAGAAGGCAUAUGUUAAUCCACACUGGCGAGAGACCGUUCCUCUGUGAUCUCUGCGGGAAAGGUUUCAAAUCUACAGUCGAAUUGAGAUUGCACACCCGGACACACACUGGAGAACGGCCAUUCAAGUGCCCCGAAUGUGGAACAAGUUUUAAGCAGAAGUGUCAUCUGCAGAUACAUCGGCGGACACACACAGGGGAGCGGCCGUAUCCGUGCACCGUAUGCGAUAAACGCUUUUAUGUCAGCAAAGAUAGAAAACGACAUAUGCUCAUCCAUACUGGAGAGAAGCCGUUCAAAUGUCAAGUGUGUGGCAUGGCGUUCAACCGUAAAGGGCAUUUGAGGGUACACCAACAAACCAAGAGGUGUUCCUAUAGGCACACAAGUCCCCUACGUAACACAUCAUUAUAAUAAGUGGCUUCCUGACUGACAGAACUAGACCUGUUCCUGUAAGCCACAUUUUAAGAUGUGCGUCCCGUCAAGUAAUAAUAUGAAGUUAAGAAAAAGUGUUUUACAAAGUGACAACAGGAAUAUAAACCACGGAGUAGUAGCCUAUGUUUGUUUUUUGUUAAAAAACAACUUAAAAGGACGUGUUAUGUAUGUGACUGUUAUUAAAUCGUUUUUUAAAGGCA